AUGUACCGGAGGCUGAUGUUCAUCUUCGAGCUGGCCUCCAACUUCAUCUCCGCCCACGAGGACGUGGACAUCCUAGAGCUGCUCCACGAGGGGCCGGUGGCCUACCAGCUGGCGCUCGAGAAGAACCGGCAGCUGCAGGACGCCAGAAGCACGCUGUCCCAGCAACUGCCGGUGUUCCCCGAGCUGGCCCGCUCGCUCAAGACUCGGGUUGCGGCGAAAUACAUGCUGGUGCAGCACCCAGAGGUUGUCCACGAGCUGUUCCACCACGGACAUAUCAACGACAGGGAGUCGGAAGGGCUCAUCGCGGAAAACAACGCAGCGAGGGUGAAGCUGGAGUACCACCCUGCCGCCGACCAGAUCCCAGACAGGUUCACCCUUCUGAAGAACGUUCCGUUCCUGAGGUUCCUCACGGACGAGGAGAAGGCGGAGAUCAUCAACAACGAGAAGGCCUGCCAGGAGGAAUUCUACGGGUCCAACGUGGUGCUCAUGAACGCGAAGAUGAGCUUCGCCAGGGGGGCUCGCAGACAGGGCUGGUUCAACGUCGUCAGGGGGGCCGUUCGUCAGAACACGGAGGGGAUGCUUGGGCACACGACGAUGGGGGGCACGCAGAGGCUCCGCAGGCUGGCUAAAGAGCGUCUGGUGAACGCCGGCACCGUCGUCGGCCUCGACGAACAGCUCAUGCAGGUGCCGUACCGAUGCACCUAUACCACGGCAUCCUUCGUGCACCUCUUCUUCUUCGACAAGACGCAGACAAACGCGUCAGCUGUUGAGCUCGGGAAAUCGUCACAGCUGGCAGCCAGCUAG